CGGCGGCGCCGCCUCACCUGGGCUUUCCCUAGCUAUUGAGAACCAUGUGUGACAACGGAGAACUGGAAGACAAGCCACCAGCUCCUCCCGUCCGGAUGAGCAGUGUCAUCUUCAAUUUAGGGGGCAAAGAUUCUUUGGCCACCAACCACUGCUUGAAACCCCUGCCCUCUGUCCCAGAAGAGAGAAAACCUAGGCAUAAAAUCAUCUCCAUAUUCUAUAGCAAUGAAAAAGGAAGCAAGAAGAAAGAAAAGGAGCGGCCAGAAAUCUCCCCACCAUCAGAUUUUGAACACACCAUCCACGUUGGCUUUGAUGCUGUUACUGGAGAGUUCACGGGAAUGCCAGAACAAUGGGCUCGGUUGCUUCAGACCUCAAAUAUCACCAAGCUAGAACAGAAGAAAAACCCCCAGGCGGUACUAGAUGUGCUGAAAUUCUAUGACUCCAAAGACACAGCAAAACAGAAAUAUCUGAGUUUUUCUGCUCCAGAAAAAGAUGGUUUCCCUUCAGGAACACCAACGACCAAUGCCAAAGGUUCAGAACCAUCAACAGCUGUGGCAGAUGAUGAGGAGGAUGAUGAAGAAGCUCCUCCUCCUGUUAUUGCUCCACGUCCAGAUCACACAAAAUCGAUUUAUACCCGCUCUGUAAUCGACCCCAUCCCUGCCCCAGCCGGUGACUCUUGUGCUGACAGCGCCACGAAAUCAGGGGAUAAGCAGAAAAAGAAGACCAAAAUGUCAGAUGAAGACAUCAUGGAAAAACUACGCACUAUUGUAAGCAUAGGAGACCCCAAGAAAAAGUAUACCAGAUAUGAAAAAAUCGGGCAGGGGGCUUCAGGUACAGUUUUCACAGCUAUUGAUGUGGCAACAGGGCAGGAGGUGGCUAUUAAACAGAUCAACCUGCAGAAACAGCCCAAGAAGGAGCUGAUUAUUAACGAGAUCUUGGUAAUGAAGGAGCUAAAGAACCCCAACAUAGUCAACUUCCUGGACAGUUACCUCGUAGGAGAUGAGUUGUUUGUCGUGAUGGAGUAUCUGGCUGGGGGCUCCCUAACAGAUGUGGUCACAGAGACGUGUAUGGAUGAGGCACAGAUCGCUGCUGUCUGCAGAGAGUGCUUGCAAGCACUUGAGUUCCUCCAUGCCAACCAGGUCAUCCACAGAGACAUUAAGAGUGACAACGUGCUCUUGGGAAUGGAUGGAUCAGUUAAACUAACCGACUUUGGUUUCUGUGCUCAGAUCACCCCUGAGCAGAGCAAGCGCAGCACCAUGGUGGGCACCCCGUACUGGAUGGCUCCAGAGGUGGUCACACGGAAAGCAUACGGCCCCAAAGUGGAUAUCUGGUCUCUGGGCAUCAUGGCUAUUGAGAUGGUGGAAGGAGAACCCCCGUACCUCAAUGAAAAUCCCCUGAGGGCUUUAUAUUUGAUAGCAACUAAUGGCACACCAGAACUCCAGAACCCCGAGAAACUGUCUCCAAUAUUCCGGGAUUUCUUGAACCGAUGUUUGGAGAUGGAUGUAGAGAAAAGAGGAUCAGCCAAAGAAUUGCUACAGCAUCCCUUCUUGAAACUGGCCAAACCUCUGUCCAGCUUGACGCCACUGAUCCUGGCAGCCAAAGAAGCAAUGAAGAGUAACCGCUAACACCCUGCCACAGCCUUCCUCCUUUUUUGUUUGUUUGUAUUUUACAAAUCUUUAUAAUAUAUGAAAUUGUUACACUUCGGUGGGGAGGGAAGGGAUUUUAGUGGGUGGGCGGGGGCGGGUGGGAAACAUCUGCAAAAGGGAAGAAACUCUCAUCCAGAAGACACCCAAAAAAUACGUUGUGGCGACUCUACCGAUCCCUGUCUGGGGUCCAGAAGGAAUUGAGGACUGAAUGACUGGCCUUUAGUUGUGUGUUAUUCUGAUUUUUUUUUUUUUUUUCCCCCAGACAGCCCGGAAAUGCCACUUACUGUGCCCGGGGCUUUAAGGGUUUUUAACGACUUCGCUGUAACAGCUCCUGUUCAUUGUACCCUCUGGGUACUUUCAAUACUUGAAUGACAGGUUCAAGCUUUCAGAGAGCAGUACUAAUUUUACCUGCUGAUCUCUUUGACUCUCCUCUUCCUCCCCUCUACCUGUUGGCUUUUAAAUCCCUGUGGUAAAGCUCCCCCAUGGCGAGAUUCACGGCAGGUGAGGCGAAUGUGAAGGUACAUCUUGCCCCUCAUUUACAGAAGAGCUGUUGCUGUGCUGUAAAAUUGACAACUUGCUACUUAGGGAGUUGUAAUGCAUGGAGAUGUUUUUCACUUUUUAAGAUGAAUAAGGAGAGGGGGGGAAGAGAAGUAUUCAGCUGUUUCUUAUGCUUGUGCUCUGUGGACUUUUUUUAAUCAAAAACGUGGGCUCUUUGUAGAACCGUAAUGAUCGGUCGAGUCUUUUGAUGUGGGUUAUGGAUAUGUAGGUUGGGGUCAGAUACUUUAUUUAUGAUCAAAUGAUCAGUUCUAGUCAGGGCAAGAAAAAAUUCCAGCUGUCUUCCUUGUGUGCUGUUUUUUUCCCCUGUUAGACUUGCUGGCCAGAAGCUUAAGGGUUAACGUGCUUAGUGCGGUGGGUGGUUCAAAAACAUGUAUCUGUGCUCUGACUUGGGCUUUGGAAGUUAUGCUGGUGCCUUUGACUUUUUUAUUUUACAUUUCCCUUCUUUGUAUCAAA